GCCCUCUACGUUUGUUUGGUUAGGAUUCGGGGGCCAUUUUUGGAAUCAGCUGGCGAUUGUGAGUCGCCUACUUGUCCGAUAAAGUCGGAAACGACUUUAAAGUUUGGUCGCUUUUGGCCAUUUGGACCGCCCACGAGCCAAAGAUUCUAAUACUUGUGCUUUAAAGCACAAGUUUGAGAUCAAUUUAUUUUAUAUCUUCGCCCUUUUCACCUUAUUUUUCAACCUUGCAUUGGUCCACGGUUGACAUUUCUUUUCGUUUCACCAAUAUGGCGCAACAGUGAAGUGCGAUCAUGUCUUCAGAAUUGUACAACCUCAACCAAGCUUCUCUUGAAGAAGGGGCGUUUUAUCGCUCAAAUAUUUUCAAAUUUUAUCACUCAGUUGAUGGCCAGGGAAAACAGAGAUAUGGAAAAGAGGGUUACGUCAUCUCCAGCUCGUCUGACUUCGUGUGAUACGAAGGGGAAGGAGAAUGGACGUAGCAAUGUUUCCAAGCCUCAGAGAUAUAAUAAAAACAGGCGUGAACCACCACAGGGUCGGACUCCAGGAGAUCCUAACAACAGUCAGUCACGUCGAACAGCGCCACAAAAGAGUAGGGCCUUGGACAAACGGCCACGCAGCCGAUGUCUUCCUGCCAGCAGACGCGAUGAGGUGACAGUAACUCAGAGGGCUGAAUUUGGUUCAGCCUUUCCUCAGGGUCCGAAGAAACUAAAUCUGAAUCACCUCAUCAAUUUUACUUUUUCUUCGAGAGAGACUGAAGAUACCAGAGGGGGCUCAGGAUUUCGUGGCAGGUCAAGAUGGGGUUAUAAACGCUUUAGCAAAGAGCAGUUCCUGCAAGCAAAUUGCCAGUUUGUAGUGAAAGCACAAGGAGAUUACAAGCAGCAGUGUGUAGACCCUGAUGGUUUAGUGGAAUGGGAUUUGAUUGAACAGAUACGCAUGCUAGGACAUGAGAUGCCAUCCUGUCCCAUCUGCCUAUACCCACCUACUGCAGCCAAGAUUACAAAAUGUGGGCACAUCUUUUGCUGGCCAUGUAUCUUGCACUAUAUCUCGCUUGGUGAGAAAAAAUGGCGCAAGUGCCCCAUUUGCUAUGAAUCUGUGAUGGCCACUGACUUGAAAAGCGUGGUUGCCAAAUCUCUAAAGACGUUCAAUGUAGGAGAGACCAUCACCAUGCGGCUAAUGAAGCGGGAGAAGGGAUCCAUCACCAUUCAUCCACACUCUCUGGACAGUGCUCCUGCAGAAACAUCUCCAUGUUUGAUGGAUUCUCCCAAUGAAACCUGCUUUGCAAAGCUGAUGAUUGCCAGCCCAAGUGAAGUACUAGAUCAGAUAUUGGAAAGAGAAAGGAGAGAAUUGGAAAAGCAGCUGAAUGAAUCAGUUGAUGACUUCGAAAAAUCAUUUAUUCAGAGAGCUAUGGAAUCUUUGAAGGAAAGAAAGAAUAUUCUUUGUCUGGAAAGAGGAGCAUCUGAAACAUCAGCACCAAACACUGAUGAGAGCAAAUCCUUAGACCAAAACAAAGAUGAUAAUGAUGUGAUGGUGUCAACAAACAUUCUACCAAAAGAGGAUUGCAUCGUGUAUGCUUCUGCUUUCUCUGAUGAAGAGCUAGAUGAACCCCCUGAUAAACCACCACCUCAAGAAUCAUCAAAGACUGAACCUACCACUCAUCCAGACAUUACCCAGGCGCCACACAGUGAAGGUUCUGAUGAUACCACUCAACCAGACAUUACCCAGGCGCCACACAGUGAAGGUUCUGAUGAUACCACUCAACCAGACAUUACCCAGGCGCCACACAGUGAAGGUUCUGAUGAUACCACUCAACCAGACAUUACCCAGGCACCACACAGUGAAGGUUCUGAUGAUACCACUCAACCAGACAUUACCCAGGCGCCACACAGUGAAGGUUCUGAUGAUACCACUCAACCAGACAUUACCCAGGCACCACACAAUGAAGGUUCUGAUGAUGUCCUUGAAGUAAUCAGUGGAGGUCUAACCAAUCCAUCUACUUCUGAGGAUGUACCUGAAGCACAGAAGACUGGGCAGGAAGAGGAACAGAAGGAAGAAGGAGAUGAGAGAGAGAAGGAAGGAGUAGACCAUGUUGAGUUGUCACCCAAUCACACAGGUCUUCCUGGGGGUAGAGAGAGAAAGACUUCAUCCAGUAACUCAAAUGUCUUUUUCUAUCAAGCUGAGGAUGGGCAGCACCUCUAUCUUGGUUCCCUCAAUGCUCGUUGCUUGACACAUGAAUAUGGUCAUCUAGAGUACUCUCCAUUGACCAUCACAGCCAAGAUUGUUGAGAUUGAACACGUCUCUAUUACCCAGGAUUUCCGUAACAGGAUGCGCCACCUUCAGCACUUGCCAUUGACAUGUGACGUCAGCAUCUGUGAACUUGCCCUUCGUCCCCCUACCCUCUCACCCAAGACACUCUCCCACUUCUCUACAGAGAUUCAAAGGAAGAAACAGAAGAGGGAUAAGAAGGCUCGAGAAGAGAAGCGUAGGGAACGCAAGAUCAAUCAGGAAGAGGACCGUAAGAAUGGUAUCUAUCCCAAGGCAAGAUAUUCUCUGAAGAGCACCAAUCAGUUCCCAUCCUGCAGUACAGAAGCUGUUCCAGAUAGCUCAGUUUUAAUCAGACCCAUCUCUCCUGCAUCAGUAGAUUCAGCAGCUUCCUCAAACUACAGCUCUGUUCUAUCAGACCAUCCUGAUGAUGAUCUCAUUUAUGGUUCAUUACAUGACGAGGUGGAGGUUGCCAACUCUCCUUUGGAUGCUCCAAUGUUUCCAUCAGGAGGAGCAAGUGGAGGGGGAGGAGGAUCAUGGUCCUCUGUUAGUCCAGAUAACCAGGGAGGUCAUCGCUCAUUUGCACAGAUGUUGCGUGAUGGAACAGCCAAGCCAUCAUCUCCAAUGAAGUCGAGUAAUCCACCAUCAGCUAGCCCCCAGCACUACGUUGCCAGCUAUGGCCGAACUCCUAGGCGUGAGGUUACAAGUAGCAAUGAAAGUGACAAUGAAGACUAUGUACCUGUCCCACUGUUCAAGGAUGCCUUCAGUAAUGCCAUACAAGAUGCACUAGAUAAGGCUGCAUCCAUGUCAAUCAAGAAAAGUGAGGAAGUAGAUAGAGAAACUGAAGGAGGAGGAGGAGGACGGAAGAACAAGAAAGGUCGCAAGAAGCAACUUCUUUUUUCAACCGCUGGUCAUCGCUAUAAAUAGAAUCCCUUUCUGAUGGAAUCCACCUCCUCCAUAAGAAAUGCUUUGUUCUAAUUGUGCGGAAGAUGUUACAAAUUUGGUACUCUGUAUACAUUGUAAUCUCUUGAUUAGGUUUUGUUUGGAAAAUGCAAUUUAUUGCAUUGAAAGGUAUGAAAGAUUAUGUAUUAAAGUUGAUGCAAUGCUUUUGCUUAACUAUAAGGCCCUACAUCCACUGUGAUUUGGAUCAAAUUUACUUUGUUAUAAAAUGGGCAAUCAAAAUCUAUGUACAUGCAUGCCUUUUUCUUCCACUUAUCUAAAAAAAAAUAGUGAACAUAUAUUCUUCUAAGUUUUUUAACCUUUUUUGCGAGUUUAACAAGUCUUAUCCUAAUGUGAUCUUUUAUCACUUGUUAAGUAUGAAAUGCCGAGAUAAGAUAUCUGUUUAUUUGUUUCUUUCAUCUGUGCUCAUUGAAUAAGCAUCAUGGUAGUCGAAAGUAGAAAGUUUAAUUUGAUUUUGGUUAUACUUUCAAGGUCAGUAAUGUCUCGUUUUCAUAUCAGUUAUACUUUAUAAUGAUAUAUGUAGCCAUCGUAAAGUACAAUAUUUGCUGAUUUACAAUAUAAUAUUUAAAUCAGUUUCUGGAUAAGAAAGCAGUGUGACAUAAAGACAUUACUUGAUACGCUGAUUCAUAGAUAAUUUAUUCAUUAAAGAAUCAAGUUUUCCAUUUCCAAGGGGAGAAGUGCAAGGAUUGUAUAUUUAUAAUUCUAUAAUGAAAACCAUGCUUUUGAAGCACGCCAUUUAUGUUGGUGCUUUUUUCUCAAAUAAAAAGGCAAACAAUGCAUGUGUGUUUGUUACUUUAAUCUUGUUACAAAGCAUUUUAUAAUAUUCAGUUGUUUUUGUUUGAUUGCUUUUGUUUCUUUUGCCCUUCAACAAGCAUUGUUCAGUGGUUCGUGUAAAAUUAACAUUAUAUUACAGCACCUAUAUUCAUUAAAAUGUGUUAUAAAACGGGUUCAAGGAUGUAGGAAUAGUUCAUGCGUAUGCAAGUCACAUGUUCAUGCUUCAGUUCUACAAAACUUCCCAGCUGUGCAUUUUGAGUGCAUCAUUUUCCCAUAGUGCUUAAAAAUUGAGAUGCAAUCUGAAACGUGUGUUCUUUCAAAGGGAAGGCAUGCUGCCGUUGCUUACUUUGGCGCACAUACUAGAUACACCUGUGAUAUCAUAAUUUAAAGCAGGUGUGACCUCUGCAUCUGCGCAAUUCUUGAAAAUUUGGAGGGAUGCAAACAACCUUUCCACUACUGAUUUAUACUACCGACCCGUUUUAUAAAACAAAUAAUGUACAUUUUAAAAUUUGUAAUGUUAUCGACAAUGUAGGCAUAUCGGGUAUUCACAAUAACCUGUAAAAGUACUCGGCACAAGUGCCUCAUGCUUUCACAUAUUGCAAAUACCCUCAAGUGCGCUGCAUCGCCAUUCCAGACUCAUAAAUGUGCAUUAUUUGUAUAUUAUGAUACAUAUGUAUUUUGUAUGUUACACUGCCCCUCAUUUUCGACUAUUUUGGUUCAAUUUCAGUUUAAUCCAAGUUUUCUAGUUUUGAGUGGAAAAAAGAAGCCAAUAAGAAGAGUUGAUAUAUUUGUAAAGUUAAAUUUUGCUUGUAAAUUGAGAUUGUGUUUUCUACUGUAUAUUCACAUGCAACAGAGUCAAAUUUGGUAAACAAAAAGCUAUUGUGAAAUGUAUAUUAUGAUUUACAAAGUCAAAUGAAAUGUUUCUAAUUUAAUGUAAACAUCGGUACUAAAGGACUUAUGAACAUAUUUUUCAAUCAUUAUAUACAGUUAUAUGAUAAAGCCUCUUUAUCACUUUCAUUGUGUGCAAAUUGUGAGUUUUUAUAUCUAAUUUCUUUCUUCCUCGCCCACCAGAAGUGAAGGCUAGACUUUCGGAUCCAUUGGCAUCCAUCCGUUCUCCUUCAGUCACAAACGUCUAUGAUCCAUUACUUGGAAAAUGGGAUGGUAGAUGCAUUAGGGGUACCAUCAUGUUGCGGUGCUGUCGGAGGUCACAUAUUACGAGGUCAAAGUUUAUUUGAAGUCACAAUGUUAGAGUAGUUGAAGGACUUUUUCUUACAUACUUUAAAGUUUACUUGCAUGACUCUGUUUUGACUCAUAACUUAGUGGUAGAUACACUUGGGGCACUAUUAUGUUACGUUUCUGUCAGAGACCACAUGUUGAGGUUAUAGGCCAUUUGAGGUCAAAUGUUAUUAUUGGCAAGACUUUCUUACAACAAAUAACCUUGCAAGCAUCGCUCCUUUUCCAACUACUCGUGGGUCAUAGAUGCACAUAGGGGAACCUUCAUGUUAUGGUGAUGUGGGAGGUCACAAUGUGAGUUCAAGGGUCAUGUGAGGUCAAAUGUUAGAGUUACUCUGCAAAGGUUGCUCCAAUGGCUAACAAUCUUUUGUGUGAGAUUCACUUGGGAUUUAUUCAUGUUAGUUAUGGUGCCUUCAGAGCUCACAUGAAGUCAAAGGUCAUUAAAGUUCACCUGCAAGACUCUUGCAUGACAGAUAACUUAUCAACCCUCACACACUUUAAACUAAAUUUUGGUUAUAGAUAAACUUGUGUAAUGCUUCCCUUAGAGGUAACAUUGUAAGGUCAAGGUUUAAUCAGACGUUUAAGUUAACCUGCAAGACUUUCUUGUGAAAUCAAACUUUGUACUUUAGGAAACCUUUAAUGUUACAUAGUCACAGGUGGGCGAGACACAAUUUGAAUUUGGCUGUUGCUUUGUUUGAAUUUUAGAAUCCUGCUCCCACAAGAAACUAGGAUUCAUUUUAGAGUUUGAAGAAGGAAAAAAACCUUUCGACUAUUUCAAAUAUUGAAAUUCUUGAUACUGCUUCUAGUUCAUGUAAUUUCACAUUGUUUCAUUUAAAGCGUGUGAUUAUUAAACUACUAAAUGGCAAAGGGUAGGAAAUGAAAUCCAAUCAGGUAUUUAGAUGACUCCUCAAAAUUUAGAUAAAGAAUAAUUUAAUCGUGCUCUGAGAUGACAAGAACUUUGUUUUGUUUUUCAGGCAGAAGCAUAUAUUUUAUUUUUUAAUCUUGGUGUAUUGGAUGCUGAAUAUUAAGGUAUUACAUUUUGUAAACACAAAAUUAAGAACUGCUAAGAUAUGUUGACUGGUAUUAGCUUCCAAUGUUUAUCCAUACCUCACAAUUUUCUUGAAUUAUAGGAUCAACAUAUACUGACAUUUUUCAAAGUGUGAUUGUAUUUCGUUAUUUUACUUUUUCCUUUGGUUGGUGACAUUAUUUCAUAAUGUCAAUAUUUUGUAAGUCAAACCUAUUUGCAUUGCCAGAUGAUCAAUGGUUAUGGUUUUAUGCUAUUUGAUGUACAUUCAUAAUGUUUGUAUGCCCCAUAGUUUUAACUGUAUACACCAAUCACAUAAUUGCACACACUAAAAGAGCGUUCCAUCCUUUUAUCUCCCCUCUAAAAUAUUCUUGAUUUUAUUUCAAUAAAUCUAUUAAUCUUGAAAA